AUGGUCAAAAAGUCCCGCAAGGCGCUGCACAUUGCUCCGCCGCGCAUGAAGUCGCGCCGCAAAGCGCGUCAAGUGACUACGACGUUCCAUCGGCUGACGCACGAACUCGCGCGACUCGAAAAGGCGCACGUCGGCGCCACAGGGCCGCCGAAAGAGCGCCUCCAGCAGCGAAUGGCCGCCGUGCACGAGCAAUUAGCGGCAAUGGGCGGGCACAAGACCUAUCAGGACGCCAGUAUCUUGAGCACGAGCUUCCACAAGACGUCCAAGUGGGUCUUCCAGCUCCUCACGAGCUUCCAGCUGCGACCGAAGGCCAAGCAGCCGCCGCUCCGGGUGCUGGAGGUCGGAGCUAUCAACACGCAGUUACUGGCGUGUCCGUGGCUGCACGUGCGGGCCAUUGACCUCCAGUCACGACACGACCGCAUCGAGCAGUGCGACUUUUUCAGUCUCAAGCCCGCGAACGAGUUCGAGGUCGUUGUGUCGAGUAUGGUGCUCAAUUGCGUCCCGGGAGCUGCUCAACGGGGCGAGAUGCUGCGGCUGUCUCGAGCCCACUUGAAGCCGCGCGGGCUCUUGUUCCUCAUGCUGCCGCUCUUGUGUUUGCGUCGCUCGCAGUUUAUGACGUACGCGCGGUUUACCGACAUCUUGCAGGCAGUCGGCUUCCGAGUUCGGGAGACAAAGAAUUCGCCCAAGGUCGCCUUCUUCUGCUUGGAGAGGACCGAGGCAGUGAGCGAGACGGCGUCGUUUCCACAGACGCUUCUGGUGCCGGGUGACAAGCGCAACGACUUUAGCGUCACGAUCUAG